UUUGGAGUGUGUCGGUAUCCUAGCAACCACAGGCGUUAGCGUUUUGUCUGGUUUAGCCGUGUUAGCCUCAAUUUGACUUUGCUGAAGUUUUACUUUUUUCACUUUACCGAGAGAUUUCUUUGGCUAGCAAAAUGGAUGUUUCAGUCGAGGCAAAAAAGAAACCGCUGUCCACCUUGUCCCCCUUCAGUUACAUCCCACCACGGCGAAACGAACCAAAAGAAAUGUCCUACUUUAACAGAGAGUCAAAGAUGUCAGAUGUCUCCACAUAUGACCAUGUGUUCCACCAGGUUGUGGGUUAUGAUAUGAUGCUGGACAGGGAUGACAGAAAACACAAGAAAGGAAAAGGACUGGACAUCAGCAAGGAGGGCCGCGACAUGCCAAGUCAACAUUCGGCCGAUUUCUGGCACUGUGCCCUCGGAGAAGUCCCGAGUUGUUCCUGUGCUGUCCUCGUCAACAUACGGCCAUCGCUCUGCUCCUGCCCUCUACCAUCCUGGCCGGCAGUUUGCUCGGGUGGCUUGCAUUAAAACAGAGUUUUUUGUGAAAAAUGGAAUCACCUGGAAUGUGGAAGAAGGAUACGGAUCGGUGGCCCCUAUCUGAAAGUGUGACAUAUCGUAGCAUGACAUCUGACUGUGGACGCUUUGAUAAUAAACCAGUGUUGUAGUGUAGUUUUGUAGUGUUCAUAGUAAGAAAAAAUGCACCACUAAUUAGCAAUUAGAUCUUGGAGAGUUACUUGGAACAAUUGAAAACAGUAACAUUUUCCAGGAAGCUCAAGCUCCAUUUUCCCGUUGGAGCCUGAAAUCGCUCUGUCAGCAUGAAUGUGAUUUGAAGGUUCAGGUGACACAGGAAGACAGUGAAUCACAACAUCCAGUUAUUGCAGCUGGACAUUUGACCGGAUAGCAGUGAUCAGAGCCUUGGUUUUCAGAUACCGCCUUCAGUACAAUGGCUGCUUUUGUCAAGAGGCUGAAUGAAUGUCAAAAAUCCUGUGAAUUCUUGAACUGACAGGACUUUGCAUUUAGCAUACUGUUCACUGAGUAUUUUUUGGAACAUUACCACCGGAACCGAGCUUCAGGUGUUCAAUCUUCUCUUUUGAGACUAACAGCAUUUUUCAUAAAAGCGAUGACGCAGCUCAGAUAAAACACGUUUCAACAAAAAACGUAAGAAAACAAAUGUUUGAAGAGAAAGAAGGAUUAGGAGAUUGGUAAUCAUAUUUGCUUCAGCACCAGUUUACACUAAAUUCACUGUUUUUGAUUUUUUUGGACCUCAUUAACCCUUUUAACUCAGAUUCUUGGAUUCUUUUUAAAUUCUGAACCCACGCAGCUGAGACCAGCCUCCUACAUAAUAGGGUUUUGUCAAGUGCAGACAUCUCCCAUUUGCUUCUGCCUUUGUGUUUUGGCAGAAAAUAGAGCUUUUAUUCUUAGAAAGCAUUCUUAGCAGAACUUCAAUCUGUUUGGCGUUCAUUUUAGAGGAUUAGGAGCUCAUACGCCUGGGUGGCAUUUCAAAGUAAGAACUGGGUAAAUAUAGCAGAGUGAAAUAGAAAAAAAGAUAUAAAAUGUUGUUUUAACUAAACGAAGAUGUAAACACCAGAUACUGUCAACGUGGGAAUGUGAAUAUAGCUCGUUGUCUCUUCAUCAUAUUUUGCAGGAGAAAUAAUGCACAUGUUCUGUGCCUGUUCAGCAUCUCCGUUCAGUGAGCAGGCUCUUAGUGCUGGUGAGCACUGAUGCAAACAAAGCAUGAACAUAGACAUUGCUUUGGUUGAUUUUUAUGUGCUAAUGUUUAAAGAAGCUGACUGACUCUGAACUGUGAAUAUGAAAACACAGUGAGUGCUCAGCUGUCUUAGUUAGCACAAUGAAAGGCAAUGGGAUUACAUCUAGCCUGACUCAGUGCAGUAAUCACCUAUAGCUGCACCUCUAAAGCUCACUAAUUAACACCGGCAUGACUCUGAAAUCAGUAUUUAACUCAGCCUUGUUCCUAUUUCUAGCUUUUGUGCUUCCCCAGCCUAAGCUGCAGUCAUAUAUUCCCAUUUAAAAUGGUUAGUAAAAACAUCAUUACUGUUGCUUGUAAAUCACAAGAUACUAAUAGAGAGAUUGUUAAAAUAAAGGCAUGUGUUGCGUAUGUGUUCUGGCCUGUUUGAUUAAAUACGUCUGACAACUCCAAA